CAGUGCGCAGAAGACUGGUGACCAGGAAGAAGUAAAGCGUUUGGGACGGAGGGAGGGGGCAGGCGUUCUGUGUGUGCACCUGGUUGCCAUCUCCCCUCCGCCAGUCGCUGUCUAAACAAGCCUGCGGCUGAGGCCCUCAUGGAGGUGGGGGCCUGAGCUCUCUUUCCUUUCCUCCCGCUGUCAGUUCUCCCCCGCAGCUAAGAGAGUGGGUCUUUCGCAAGGCGGGAGAAGCAGCGGGUCCCUGGGGCGAGCAGGCUGAAGUCUAAGCUGCUUAUGCCGGGUAGGAAGGCUGGCAUGACCCUCUUCAGCCGGGCUUCUGCUGCUGUUCACAGGAGGCCGAAGGAAAGGAGCAGCAUCCGUUAUCGCCUGGAUCUGCCAUUGUGUCUCUAAACGGAAGGAGACUCCCCACUUCCCUUUGGGGGAGAUGGGGAAUUGCCUGAAAUCCCCCACCUCUGAUGACAUUUCCCUGCUUCACGAGUCCCAGUCGGACAGGGCCAGCUAUGGGGAUGGGACUGAGCCGGAUCAGGAGCCGCCGCCGCCAUAUCAGGAGCAGGUUCCAGUUCCAGUUUACCAUCCAACUCCUAGCCAGACCCGCCUAGCAACACAGCUUACAGAAGAGGAACAAAUUAGGAUAGCACAACGGAUAGGCCUUAUACAACACCUGCCGAAAGGAGUCUAUGAUCCUGGUAGAGAUGGCUCUGAGAAAAAGAUCAGAGAAUGUGUGAUCUGUAUGAUGGACUUUGUUUAUGGUGACCCCAUCAGAUUCCUGCCAUGCAUGCAUAUUUACCACCUGGACUGUAUAGAUGACUGGCUGAUGAGAUCUUUCACAUGCCCUUCCUGCAUGGAGCCAGUGGAUGCAGCACUGUUGUCAUCCUAUGAGACUAACUGAGCCAGCAUCUCUACUCUGAUCUUUCAAGAAAACCAUCUAUUUUAAUGGGUUUGAUCCUUUGUCAUUCUACCCAAAGAACCAGGGAUUAGGAAACAAGAUCAUGCACAAUAAAAAAGCUCAAUUCCUAACACUUUAAAGGAAAGCUGCAGGUAUUGAAAGGGGAAGGGGAGAAAACAAGUUUUAGAAAAUACUGAAAAAGUAGGGAGUUAUUUUUAUGUAAAGUCUUAAGUCAAUGCUUAAAAUAGUUGUUUCUUAAGAAAGGCUUGUUAGCAAACCCAUCCACAGGAACUGUGUGAAGAGUAACAGCAGAAGGUAAAAGAUUCAGUUGUAUGAGCUCAUUCCUCUAAGAAAUUCUCCUGCUCAGGCGCCACUGAAAGGAAUGACAAGAACACUGGUGUGAAUGAGAAAGAGAGCAUGUGUAUGAGCACAUGUGACAGAGAGACCAGUUCUGUGAGAGAUAAAGGGAGGCAAGGAUAUUCCUCCAUCGAAAUGAAAGAACAAUUUUUUGUUCAUAUUGCUUCACAAGUUCCUGGUAUUUGGGUCAAUACUCUAUUUUAAACAAAAGGCUACAUUUUAUAACAUUGGCACAAAAAUAGUUUUAAGCUUGUUUGCACAGUUCUUUUUUAUCCAUUGGAAAUUGAAUCCAUUUUGCCUUAGGUCUUUUUAAAAUAGUGUAUUCUUAUUUUGGGGCUGGCUCUGUGCUUGAAAACCAGUUUAUUUAUAAUAUAUUAUAAAAGUGCUAUAUUUUGUUUGCAGUUAGGAUUAUGUGGACUUCAAAAAGAUCUCCUAGCUUGUAAACAAAUCUGAGAUGCACUUUUUUCUAUAUGUGACAUUUUAAUGUGAAGAUGUUAAAGAAAAUCAAACAAACCAGUCUUUACCUUUCUAGUUUUUCUUUCAUUGCUUCUUUUCUGACUGCAAAAUACAAAUAAUAAUACUGAUAUUUUGUUUGUCAAGUUAAAAUGCAGCAUAGCAAAGAUGAAGACAAAAUCAAGUUUACCACAGUCACCAAAAAUCACAUCUGUUUCAGCUUCCUUCCUUCAAAAAGGGUUGUUUGGAUCAUAUAAAAAGGAUAUUGCAUCUCUCAUUCUUGUAGUGCUUAGGUUCCCAAUAUUAUACUCUUAGUAUCUGUAUUAAAUGUAUCUUUUAUAUUCUGCUGACUGGCAUAGCAGUCUACCUGGCAGAUAUGAAGCAAUCUUAUCUGUUUUGUGCAAAAUUUAUAUUUGGCCCAGAAUCACAGAGAUGUGAUCAAGUGAGAGAUUGACAGUUGGUAACGACUGUUACAGGUAUCUACAUUUCUUAAGUGAAAAGGUAUGUGAUUUGUAGAGACCGUCUUCAAACUGUGUGGUAUUUUUUAAUCCAUGUAGCAGGUGGAUUUUUUGUUCUCUUAAAUAUUCUUUAGUGUAACUUUUGUACAUUUCAUUUAAAGCCAAUACGCUGAAAAGUCUUUCCGUUUAGCAUGAGAUGCCAUCCCCAGUUAUCAGCAAGAAUCAAAGACCAUUCUUAAUUGUUCAAAUACAGGUUGUUGGGGUCAUAUUCUUAAAGCAAAAGAACUCUAUUCAAGACUGUACCUAUAAACUAUAGAACAAUUACUUGUUAUAAAUAAUCCCUAUAAGAAUAGGUAGUAGAGUGGAAAAAAAUCUACAUAAUGGAUUGUUUAUUGCCCCUACAGUGGUUUUCAGAUGUUUUGAUCCAGAAUUUCAGUGAACACACAGAGCUCCCAUUCAUAUGUGAGCUUCCCUUUUCAUUUUGAUGGAUAGGGCAGACUGCAGUGCUUAGGGCUGCCCCAUAAGUGAAAUGAAUGGAGAGGUGUUCCAUGUGUGCAUCAACCCACAUACUUGUAAAAGAUCACACAAUACUGGACAAACUACAUACUGCAUAUGAAUUCUGCUAAAGUCACACAUCAUUGCAGUAUAAAUGGAGUGCAGAUUAUAGGAAUGCUGCUGAUUAUAGGAGAUAUACAAUGUCAGGCUAAUUUAUGUUACUUUUCCAGUUUCUUUUCCCCUGAAUUUAUCUGUUCUUAAUUACAGGAAGUAAAUCUGAGAGAAUAAUAUAAAGUUGUGCAAUAUUUUCAGUAGUCAAUCAUUGUAUUUUUCAUAUCAUUCCAUCUGUUGUUUUUCAUAAAUGUUGGUGUCUAUCUUGUCAAGUAUUAUAGCCAGACUUCUCUUCUUUUACCUUGGAUUGUUAAAUUGGAAAAUGAACAUUUUUUUAAA